AUGAUGUACCGGUCGAUUUAUGGGUGUGUUAGGAGAUAUGCUACGAUAAGCCAGCAGGUGUCGAGGCCUCCAUUUGAGGAGAUCUUCCCUCGAAAGAGGAUGAUAAACAGAAUAUUGUUUGAGUUGGACAGUCGAUUAAGCUUUAAAAAGCUGUAUCCCCUCUUCGAGUCCUCAUAUAAUGAUAUGGAUGAGGAUACGAUCUCUCUGGGUUCCAACGUAUCGGCAUCAGACGUGAUGCUAAUGAAGAAAGUGCUUGAGAAAGUACGUUCAAGGACAAAGUCAGCAAAUCUACAUCUUUUGAAGCUGGAGAGUGCUUUGCUCGAUAAAGCUGCCGAAAUGGGCGAUAAGGAUGCCAUUGCUUUGGUGGCAUUUGAUGUUUUGAAGGAUCCGUCAAGGAAUAGCCAAGAGGAUGUUGAUUACGCCAAGCUUCUGAUCAAAGAUCUUUAUAAGAGAGAACACCAUCUGACGUUGAAAUUAACAGGCGAUUUAGCACUAAGAGGCGGCGACAGCUUACAGGCAGCAGAUUACUACCAACAUUUCCUGAGACUAGAGGCUGACACAUACUUGGCUGGGGAAGUUUACGGACAACUGGGCCAGAUGAGCUUCCAGGAUACGGAUUUGCUUUCAGCAGAGCGCUACUUUCGAAAGGCCAUAGCACUCAGUCCGUUAGAGUAUUCAGUGCACUCGUACUACUAUCUCGCUCAAAUAUACAUGAACUCUGAUCCUUUAAAGGCGAGAACUCUGAUGGAAAGCUGUGCUACGCAGGGCUACAGGGAAUCUUUCAAGGCUCUCGGAUUUUUAGAGAUGCACUAUUUUGGUGACCUUUACAAAGCCCAGGAAUGGUUCAAGCUCGGCAUGGAACUCUAUGAAUUGGAAUGUUUUAUAGGUUAUUUUGAUUGCUGUGCUUCAUUGGGCGAGUGGACAUUGGCCAAGAAGUGCUUGAAAAGCCUUGAGAAAAUGGGGGAUGCCAAUGAGACCUACAAAACCAUCGUAGGACAAUUUAUGGAGGCACGCAAAGAGAAGAUUGAGAAGGCAUUGUCAUUUCAAUCCGACCCGCUUUUGUACCCAAAUACAAUGAAAGAUGGAAGCAAGCAGUCUGAAUUGUCCAUCAAGCAAAAUAAGUGGGGAUUAUAA